AUGUGUAGCAACAAUAAUAAUAUUUUUAAUAUAGUUUUUAAUGAUGUAACAAUAAAUGAAAUAUUACAAAAUAUUAUUCAAUUAAAAGAAAAAGAUGAAACAAAUAAAAGUGAAUUAGAAAUAUUAUAUAAUAUCAUAAAAAGAGAACAGAGGAUAUUGGAGAUCAAAUAUAAAGUAUUAUGUAAAGACCAACUAUACUAUGUCUUUAAAUCUGGCGAAAUCAAGAAAAAAAUAAUAGAUUUCAAGUUUAUUGAAGAAAUUGGCAGAGUUAUCCAAACCGACAGGUUAGAGAAUUUACUUGAAAAUAAAAGUAUCACCAAAUCCCAAAGAUUCCACUAUAUUGCAAAGUUAACCACAUUCCAAAAUCAAAAUCAAAUAACAGUUAAUAGUUUUAUAAAUGGUGUAUACUCUCAAUCAUUGCAACAUUUUACAUAUGACGGCCUAACAGUUGAAGAACCUAAAAUCGGCAAUCACAGCUCCAUUUCCUCAUUUUUAAAGUAUCAGUUCGAAAAAAUCAACAAGGCAUUGGUUCAAGAUAAUUCUGUUGACUUUUUUAGUGUUAUUUUCAAGAGUACAAAUAUCGAUCAAGUUCUAGAAAACAUUAGUGAUCUGACAACCACUGAUAAUGUGAAUAAAGAACAAUUAGAAUCAUUAUAUAAUAUAAUCAAAAGAGAAAGAGAUCUCUUAGAAAAGAAACUAACAUCGAUUCAAAAUGAUAGAAUAACAUCAAUUAUGGAAGAAUCAGUAAAGAGUAAUAUAUUUCUAUUUAGUUUUGUCGAAGAAAUCGGGAGGCAAGUUCAAAAGGAUAAACUUAAUUCGAUCGAUUUAGAACAUAAAGCCUCUUUUUCAAAAAAGCUUUCAGAAUUUCAAAAUAAGAACCAAAUAACUCCAUUCAAAUUUAUUAGAGGUGAAUAUUCUCAAUCAUUACAAGAAUUAACAAUUAAUAAUUUAACUAUUGAAGAACCAAAGAUUGGUAAAAUCAGUAUAUCAUCAUUAUUAAACCACUUAUUUGACAAAGUUAACAGCUCAAUUAAUAAAACAUUAAAUAGUAAUAUUGAUAAUAAUGGUGGUGAUUGUAAUAAAAAUAAUAAUUUAUCAAAUAAUACUAAUAGUGAUAAUAUUAAUAAAGAAAAAAAUAUAAAAUUAAAAAAUAAAAACUCACCAAAAUUAUCAAAUCCUUUACCUUUCAUAAAUGAAAAAAAUAGAAUAUUGGGUUGUUUAAUUGAAGCUAUAGUCGAAACUACAGUGUCUACAGGUAAAAUUUCAAUCGUUAACUUUCCAAAAGAUAAUCCACAAUUAAAUUUGAUCAAAGACAUUGUUUUUGCUAAUGGUUUCAUUGUGGUCAUUAAAAGUUUAAUUAGCUAUACUGAUGAAUGGUUUCAGUCUUUUAUUCAAACAGAUGUUGAGGUUCAAAAUAAUGGAGGUAAUAUUUUAAUAAAGAUUCCAGAGUUGUCUUUGUUUGAUAAAGAAGUUUCCGAACAGUUUUACAAUACAUUGACAGAGCUAAAAAAAAUUACUGCACCAUUACCUAUCCCACAAACUAAUAUCAACUGUAAAAGUAUUUCAACAAUAUUAUCAAAUCAGCAACCCGUUGUAAAAAUUAAUUUAAUUGAACAGAUUAUAGAUUCAUUUAUCAACUGUAAUAAUACCACCCAAUUUAUUUCCUGUUUAAUCGAAAUAUAUCAAACAAAAUCUGAUGUUUUAAGAACCCUAAAGACACUUUCAAAGCAUGAUGUUUUUAUUAAUUUAGUACUCAAGCAUAAGAAAGAUGGUGUCAAUUUAUUAAAUCAAUUACCACAUGGAUACGAACACAAUAAAGAGAUUGAAAAACUAUUUGUAAAAAUUAAGGUGGCCCUUCUUUUGCAAGUUUAUUAUCAAAACGAUAUACUUGGCGAAGUAUAUUACGUGAAAGACCAUAUAAAAUCAAAUCAUCAACUCAAAAAUGACAUAAAGAAGAUGAACAAGUCAUUUCAUUCAGAAUCAAAUCAAUUACUACAAAUGAACUUUAAAGAUCUUUUAGACUAUAGGACUUCAUCCAAUUUAUUUAAACCAUUCAAAUAUACAAUUAAAGAUACUGAUGAACUUAUAGAGGUACCAGAGUUGACUAUAUUCAGUAGAAUAUCAAGCUUAUUUAAUUAUUUCUGGAGUAGGCUUAAAGAAAUCACAAAAGAGCUGGUUGAAAGACCAUUUCCAUCACCCACAUUAUCACCUUCAACAACAUCAACAGUAGCACCAUUUUCACCAAAUUAUAGUGAUGAAGAAGAACCAAAUUAUCAAGAAAAUGAAUAUUACAGUUUAUGUUAUUCAGCAGUUUUAGAACAAGGGGGUUUUUUAUUAGGUUCAAAAGAAUUGAAAAUAGCUAAGAGCUUAGUCAAUAUAAAGAAGUAUAAAGAACAAGAAAUUCUAUAUGUCAUCAAAGCACAAUCAACAUUAAGAGGUUUAAUUGGCAAUCAAUUCAUUAUUUGUUGUAAUUCUGAGUGUGAAAAUUUAGAAAAGUUAUUAAUUAAAUUAUAUCUUUUAUUAUUAUUUAAUAAUGAAUUUCAAUUAAGAAGUUUGAAACACUAUUUUAGUAAAGAAGAAACUGAACAAAGAUUUGAUGAACUUGCACAUCUACAAACAAUGGCUCAAGAAUCAUUCUUCAAUAAUCCUUAUAAUUUCACUGACCCAGUCCAGAGUUUAUUCCUUACCUUCAAAGAUAAAAUCUUGGUUUUCAAUAGACCUACAAUUUUGACAGAGUUUGAAAAAACCCUUGAGGAGUUUAAAAAUAUUGCUGGAAACAAGUUUAAAGGCUGUUCCGCCAACCCUAUCAGACUCAAUAGACAAGAGGAAAUAAUUAAAUCGUGCAUUAAAGAGUCUUUUAAGAUUUCAAGCAUUCUAUACAAUUUAAAUCAAGUUAAAGUGGAUAUUCCAUUUUUAGGUGUAUUGAAAGAAAUAUACUCAGGCUAUGAUUUACACAAAGAAAAAUCCUCUAUUUUUAUCAGCACUCAAAAUGAAAUAAAAAAGAAGUUUUCUCAAUAUAAAAUACUACAUGGAGCCAUUAUUUCAUUAAGACUUUUAAAUGUAGUAAAUUUCAUUCAUCAAAAGAAUACCAUAUCAAAAACGUUUUCAAAUAAUAUAUCAAUACAAAGGUUCAUCAAUAAAUUUGAAAAGUGUGCUAAAAUUAUUCCAAUUAAAAGUUUAAUAGGUGGGUCCUUUAAUCAAAACUCGUAUAAAACCAUAGAUGAAUUUUCUUCAAUUAAAAUUCAAAGUAUUCAUCCAUCAGUUGAAAAGUUAAUCAAACAUUUAUUUUACGAAAUUCAUGUUUAUAUUUGCCAAAUUAAUUUAAGUGAAAGCAAACUUCAAUCAAUACCUCAAUUAAAACAUCAAAUUAGAAUGGAGGAUUCAAAUGUUGGAAGUAUUGUAGAUUUAGUUUUAAAAACAUCCCCACAAGCAAUUCCUUUUCUCCAAACAUCAGAUAGUUUUAUUAACCAUCAAGAUUAUUUAGAAUCACUAAAGAUGUCGGUUAUAGAAAAUUUUUUAAGAAAUAUCCAAUGUGCACUUUACGAUUUUGAUGAAAAACCAUUUAUUUGCCAACAUGAUGGAAUACUUCAAAAUCUACAUCAUCUUAAUAUGAACUCUAUUGUUUCAAUCAAGUCUAUAUCUAAAACUAGUGACUCUUUAAAGGUUUCUUUUAGAACUAAUUUAUCAUCAAAUGAUGACGAAUUAGUAGCCAAUGACCUUGUAUUAUUUAAGCUAUUUCAAUCAAACUCAAGUAUAAAUUUUGUAAUUGGAAUUGUUGUUGAAAGUGAUUAUUUUACAAGAUUCAAGAAUGGUGAAAGAAUUAAUAACAAUCCCCAACAAACUGUAUCAGUUUUAUUUAAGGUAUCAAAAAAUACUCAAGAUUUUAUUGACCAAAUUUAUACCUAUUUCGAUAGUGUUUCAGUAAAUGAAAAACUUAUAUUCUAUUCAAAAAUUACAACCACAGUUACAUUCCAAAGACAAUUAGAGGCUCUUUCCUCCAUUAAAGAUAGUCCAAUGUGUGAUUUUAUUAUUUCCCCAACAAAAGAAAAAGAUGCAUCAUUAAAACACAACAAGUAUAUUUUAUCACCUUUAUUAGCUAAACACUACAUGAAUGCUUUAAAUGAUCAACAAAGAAAUGCAGUAGAUCAAUCUUUAUUCUCUGAAGGCAUUACAUUAGUACAUGGUCUAACCGGUACUGGAAAGACUCAUUUGGUUCUUAAUUUAAUAUCAAUAUUAUUGGCUGUUAAUCCAAAUUUCAAGAUUUUGGUAUGUGCUCCAUCUCAUGGAUCUGUAGAUGAAAUAUCAAGACGAUUAAUGAAGUCUAAAUUUUAUAGCAACAACAUGGAGCAAUAUUCACCAGUUAUUACUAGAAUAGGUAGUUUAGAAAACAUUUCAAAAGAUAUACACCCAAUUUGUCUACUUGGCAAGGAGUCUAAAAUUAGAGCCAAUACAUUAAAAAACACAAAUAUUUGUUUGUCGACAUUAUCUGCAAGUGCAAUGGAUUUUAGAAGAAAUCAUUUUAUUCCAUCUAUUAUUAUUAUUGAUGAUGCAACACAAUCAUGCGAAAUAUCUACCAUCAUUCCUUUGGCCUCUAGUUCAAAUGUUAAAAAGCUAAUACUUGUUGGUGAUCCAGUACAAUCAUUACCAAAAAUACUCUCUAAAGAUUCAGUCGAUAAUGGAAUUAAUAUAUCAUUAUUUGAAAGAUUAUCAAAAGCCAUAGAUGUUCAAAUAUUAGAUACCCAAUAUCGUAUGCAUCCAUCAAUAUCUCAUUUCUCAUCUAAACAUUUUUACUCUGGUAAAUUAAAAGACUCUCCAAACUUAAUACAAAACAAUACAUUAUUUAAUCAAGAUCAAAAAUAUACCCCACUUGAAUUUUAUGAUAUUAUCGACAGUCAAGAAGAAAAAUGCUUUGGUUCGAUAAAGAACGAAUCAGAAAUCGAAACGGUAUUUAGAAUUAUCAAAAAACUAGUUCAAGAUAAUCCAAAACUCAAAGAAUUAACAAUUGGUAUCAUCACUCCAUACAAAUUACAAAGAAAUGAGCUUAUUUUAUCAAAAAAAUAUUUCAACCAACCUAUUGAUAUUGAAAUUAAUACAAUUGAUGGCUUUCAUGGCGUUGAAAAAGAUAUUAUUAUCUUUUCAUGUGUUAGAAGUGAACGACUGGGUUUCCUUAACGAUAAAAGUCAAAUUAAUAUUGCUAUAACCCGUGCUAAAUACGGCCUAUUCAUAAUUGGUAAUAAAAACUUAUUAGAAAAAGAUACUAUUUGGAGUCAACUUAUUAAAUAUAUUUCAGAAAUUGGUAAAAUACAAACAUAUAAUAUUAAAGAUAUCAAAAACUUUUCAAAAGCAACAAAAGAAUUUAAUAUUUUACAUCAAGAGAGUUUAGCUACAGGUGAAUUUUCACAUUUCAAAACUAGAGAAGGUACCCGUAAUCAAAACGAAGAUUUCAAUGAACAAUAUGAUAUAGAAUUCAAUGAAAUUGACACUGACAGCGAUGAAGAUGAUGAUAAUAAGUGGUAUAGAGACGAUACGAAUUUUGGAGAAGAUAAUUAUAAAUUAUUAAAUAAAGAAUUAGAACAAAUAGGUGGCUAUGGUAAAGAAAUUCAAAAUCAAAUUAUUUUAUUAUUGAAUAACAACAAUAAUGAAAGUUUUAUAUCAAAUUUUUCAAAACUACUUUUUCAUUUAAAUGAUAUAGAUUUACAAUCAGUGUUCAAAAAUGAAAUUAUCAAAAAACUUAGAAAGCUAACUGAUGAAAUUAAAUUGUAUAAAAUUCAGUUUAAAGAAUAUUCCAUUAAAGCAAUGCCACCUCUUUCAAUUUCACAAAGAUAUCUAAAUCAAAUCGAAGCACUUUUAACAACAUUAAAAGAUACUAGAAGCGAUAUAAAUAAACAAAUUGGUUUUGAAAGAUUAAAAAAACUAUUAGAAAAAGAAUUUACCACUGCAGAUAUUCAACUAUAUGGUUCAUUUUUAUAUGGCUUGUCUCUCAAAGGAGGUGAUUUAGACGUUUGCUUUACAUUAAAGCAAAUGGGAGAUAGAGCUUUAUUUUUACAAGUUAAAGAUUUCCUGAAUAAUAGUAAAAAAUACAAAAUCAUCGAUCUUAGACUCUCGGCAACCAUUCCAAUUAUUAGAUUUUUAGAAUUAAAUACAGGCACUCAAUUUGAUAUGUGCUUCAAUCAUGAAAUCGGUAUAUAUAAAUCAAAUUUAAUUAAAGAAUAUAGCGAUCUAGAUCCACGUUGCAAGGAGUUAAUUUUAUUAGUUAAAUAUUGGGCACAACAAAAAGAUAUCAAUGAUGCCUCAAAAGGGACAUUUUCAUCAUUUUGCCUCGUCCUAAUGGUGAUCCAUUUCUUACAAUAUGGUAUAUAUCCACCAAUUUUACCCAAUUUAGAAGCAGGCUCCAACAAAAAAGAUCAUUUAAAAGAAAAUAUUAUCAUAGAGGAUCACCAUGUCAGAUACAUCAAUUCGAAACUUAUCAGUUUUAAUCCAAAGCUAAACAAAUCCACAACAGCUCAGCUAUUCUAUCAAUUUUUUAAAUAUUAUCUUCAAUUUAAUUUUAAUGAUUUCGCAGUCAGUAUCACCAAAGGUCCAACUAAAAAAGAAGAUGUUUAUAUAGAUAGACCGACAGGUAAAAAGAAAGUUAAACCGAUCAUUGUUCAAGAUUUAUUUUCAUCAAAAAUUUCAACUGCUGGUAUAAAAACCAAAACCUUCAAUAUUAUAAUUACCGAAAUAUCUUUAAUGGAGUUUAAUUUAAGAGAAGGAAAACAUGAUUUGGAUUUAAUAUUAGAUUCAAACACUUCAUUAAUUUUAAAUGAUAUUAUCUAA